AGCCAAGACAGGGGCAACUUGCCCCGGGUAAGUAUUCUGUCGCGUCGCGAUCUCGCGAGUCGCCCGAUAACACAAGACUCAUCAGGCGAGUUGAUUACUCUAGUCAUCCCGAUGCUCCACUCCUUGACUCUAAUCGCUGCUCUAUUCAUCGGUAGCUGUGCUUAUGAUGAAACCGCUCUAUCGUUGGCUAUAUCAAAUGAUCCGUAUGGCGCCGUGGGAGAAUACGAAAGCUCAGCUGCUUCGAGUCCAUUGUACGAGCGCCCCAGUGGUCCAUGUACAGCCAGCGGGGGCAUGCUCCUUUACUGCCACUGCCAAGGAGGCGAAAAUGCUGUUGGUGGCAUUAGUGGAGGGAAAGUAGUGGCAUUCGUCUGUGCUCCAUCAUGCGGUAGAAGGACUUUGAGAGAAGCUGGCGAUAGCAUCAGAAUGUUAGGAGGGAAAGGGGGAAGUUGCCCAGCCUCCGCACUGGGUCGGACCGAGUGUCGAUCAGGGAUGUGCUUCGUCGUGCCUAACCCCGGAUGUCCAUCUGGCAUGUACGCCUAUAAGGUGGGGUACUUCGGUGUUAUAUGCAUGUAUAACAAGUGAUGGUCAUCUCGAAGAGCUCACCUCCAGAUCAUCAUUCUGGAGUCUUCCACCUCGAAGUGGCGUCCUUCUCACUAUGUGCUACGCCAAUCUAUUGGUACAGCAAACAGUCAGUCUGUCAGUCUUUCCACGUUCUCUCACUCAGUCCGUCAGUCUUCAUAGGUUCGUUUGCUCGUGAUGGUAUUUUCCAACUCUGUCCUCCUUGUGAACAUAUGUGAAUUGUGAAGUUCACAGGUAUAUCGUUCGAAUCGUGCUACGAUCGUGAUAUAUCAGUUGACUUCCUCUUUCGUAUAUUCCUGAUCGGACUUGUCGAAGAAAGGUUGAGAGCCCGUGAAACUACGAGUUGAGUCCGCGAUGCGUCCAGUGGUUCACACCUGGAAUUUGAUUUUUCGUUUUCUUCUGAUAUUUAGUCACGAAAGGAG